AUGGAUCCAGAAUCUAAUUAAAAUUGUCAGAAGAAAAGCCAACAAAAUUAUUCUUAAGAAUUCGUAGAAUUGCAGAAAUUAGAACCUCAAAAUAUAUCAAAAGAAAUUUUAAAAUAAUUUCCCUUUUACUUUUAACAUUCAUUAUAAAGUCUUGUUGGGGUUAAAAACAUUGAUAUUUCAAAAUUAGGGUAAUAAGAUCCAAUUAGAACUUUUUAAAAUUUGUAUUCAAUAAGAAAGUUUAUGGAAUAGCAAGCAAACGAUUAAUAAUUAAGUGAAAUAAUAAUAGUCGAUGAAGUUUUAAUUCAAAGAUUAAUUCAUAUAAUUGAAUUCAAUGAAAUUGAAUUAUUAAAACUUGAAUCUGUUUAUGUUUUAGUCACAAUAAUUGUUUAAGGCUAUUUUCAGAAUCAUAUAAUGCAGAUAGAAGUCUUAAAAGUUCUUUUAACUCAAUUAAAGGCUUCACAGUUACUGAUUUCUAUGUCCUCAAUUGUAGCUUUAGGAAAUCUUGUAUUGUUCGAUAACGAGGAAGCGAAUUAUGGAAUUUAUAUAUUAGAAAAUGAUGGACUUGAUUUAAUCUCAAACGUUAUGAAUCAUUUAAAUAAACUUGAAGACAUUGAAAUAUGUAUUUGGAGUUUACAAAAUAUUUUUAGUUUAAAAAAAACACAUAUGGAAGAGGAUAAAAUAAAAAAAGUUAUCUUUAUGCUUUGCACUUUGCUAAACUAAAAUGAAGAUGAAAAGAUUGUAUGUGGAUGCUUUAAGAUAUUUUCACAGUUUCUUCCUUUUACAACACAAAUUUAUUCAAUUUUAAUAGAAAGUUAAACAAUAUUUAAUUUACUUAAAUUAAUUCAAAGUAGAAAUUAAAAUAUUAGUAAAUCCUCUUUUGAUAUGAUCAAAACUUUAAUAGAAUCAAAUAUUAAAUUAUUUGAUCAAAAUUUGCUUCUAGAAUUACUGAGAGUUAUGAAAAUCAUUUAAAAAAAGAAAAAAUAUAUAAUUAAACAACAUGAAGUAUUUACUAAAUUAUUAUAAGGUUUUUUGGUGUGUUUCAUAAUUUUUUGUAGGGUCUGAAAUUUAACAGGAAAUUUUAUUUCAAAAUAAAUUUUUGGUUUCUUAAAUUAUAAAAUUCAUUUUAAAUAGUAAAGUUGAAGAGGUUUAUUAAUUCAUUUUGAAUCUAGCAAAGUUUUCAUAAAUCAAUAAUUUUAACAUACUUUCGUGGUUAAUUAAAGAAUAAAUAUUAUUAGUAUUAAAUAAAGGAUUAAAAUCUAAAAUUGAUUUUGGCAAGGAAAUGAUUGUUAAUGGAUUAUAAAAUGUAACCAAGUGUAAUUAUUUAUCAUCAUUUUUUAGUUAUUAAUCAGUAAUAAAAUUAAUAGAAAAUAAUAGAUAAAAAUUUGAGCAAAACUUAGAAAAAAAUAAUCAAAUUCUAAAAAUAAAUUUUUAAACAUUAAGAUGAAAAGUUAAUUCUUUAAUUAGAGUGA